AUGUCUCCAAGCGUUGAAUCUUCUGUUUCUCUGCCCACCUAUUUUAUUGGUCAUGCCGGGGUGGGCCUUCUGUUCGAUGAUCGACCUCGAAAUGAAAUUGUUCAGGCCAAUUUGAGGGCAAUUGGAGAGGAGAUCCUGGCUCUGUCACCGCGUCCCAAAGCCAUUGUUGCGUUCAGUGGUCAUUUCGAAGCAGGCGAGAUUCAUGGCCCUGGGGUGAUCGAGGUGAAUGUCAAACGCGGGACACAUAUCCAACAUGACUUCGUCGGCGAUUUUCACGACUCAAAACCGUUCGUCUAUGAAUACGACUGGCCGCAUCAAGACGCACCUGAGUUAGCCGCACAGCUAUGGGACCGCCUACGAAAGGCAGGGAUCAAGGCCAAACGCGUGGAGCGAGGAGUAGAUCACGGUGUUUGGGUACCUUUCAAGGUCAUGUUUCCCGAGGAAAAGCCACUGGACAUCCCCGUGAUCCAAAUCUCUACUUUCCAUGGCUAUAAUCUCGAGAGCCAGAUUCGUCUGGGACAGGCCUUAGAGUCGUUACGACAUGAAGGAUAUCUCAUUGUUGGCUCGGGAAUGGCUGUUCACUCGUUUGCCUCGAUCGAUGAGAUCAUAGAUGCCCCGACAGAGGAGGAGAGGGAAGUCAUCCGGGCAAAGGUCCUCGACGAAUCUAGAGCCUUUGAUACCCACCUGAGGGCGGCAGUGACGAAGAAGAAUGCAAAGGAGAGAAACGAAGCUCUGCUGAAGCUGGAAACGCUGUACGAGUUCAAGCGCUCCCAUCCGACUGUCGAGCACUUUACGCCACUUCUGGUUGCUGCUGCUGCGGCUGGAGAUGCCGAGGUAGACGCCCUAGGUGUGGACGUGGUUGACCCAGGGUUUUCUUAUCUCAAUUUACGUUUUGCGUAG